GCUGAAAUAAUUCGAUUUAAUCGAAUCGAUCUUGUACCGGUACCGGUCGCCACGAAACAGAAAACAGAAGCCAAAAGACUCACGCGAUGACUUGUUGAUGGACAAGUCGGUCAAUGAACCCUUCACUUCUUCCUUGAGAACCAAGCAAGGAAUCUCCUUUUUAAAAGAGUGCCACCAUGAGGACCCCACCCAAGCUUGAGCAAAAGCUGAAUGAACUGGAAGAAGAAGUUCGCGAAGCGGAGCUGAACCGCAUGAAGGAAGUGGAAGCGGCCAGAGAAGCAGCGGAAGCAGAGAUCGAAGCGUACAAACAAAAGUUACGAGAAGAAUACAAGAACGACAAGGAACGGCAGAAAAAGUCAGCACAGCAACAGAAUUUAAUCGACGAAAGUACCAAAAUUAUUGAAUAUCUCCGCAAGGAACUGGCCAAACUCAAGGGGCAAAAUGAGGGAAUGCGAAAGGAUUUCAAGGGGCUCAAAGACAACAAUCAAAAGCUAAUGGGGGCCAAUGCAUCUGCCAGUGCUUCCUUCACUGCUUUGAAUGAUCAUGCCAAACAACUCAAUGUCACCAAUGCGGACCUGAUUCGAAAUGUGGAAGAGUUCAAACAGCAAUUGGAAAAGCUCAAAGAAGACUUGAAGACUCGCCAAUCCUACUAUCUCAGUGAAGCCGAGGCGCGAUUGGCUUAUCAAAAGACUCUGGCACAAAUUGUGGGAACCAUCCAAGAAAAGUGCAAGGACUCAAAGUUGGUGGAGGAUGUUGUACUCAUGGCUUUGGAAUGUGAAUCGGAAAGCAAAGAGGAGCGGGCUGCAGCGGAGGCGGGGGACAAAAAGUAAGGGAGAUGCCUGAUUUUGGAUUGAAAAUCUGUGUUCCGGGCGGGAAACAGCACUGACGACAAAAGGUCCAUAUAUACUACGGUAGUAAAAGCAGUACAUUGAUUAAUUGACAGUCCAUAAACCGAGAGUGGAGGUGGAUUAUGGGUGUGUGGACUUGUAGCUUACUCGAGCUAUGCAUUGUUGCAAUCAUCUCCGACGUGCAUGGAGAGGCGUCAUUCUGCUUGGAUUCUAUUAUGGCGGGCAUCUAUAACUGCGUUGAUGUCUUCCUGUAUUUCAAAAAAUGUACCGUACCUGGUAUUUGGGUGCCUAAGGGAGC